GUACAUGAUCUGGCAAUCCAAAUCAACCAAUCCAGGCGCCUCUUUCAGAAGUGAAAGCAAGGAGAAAGAAAGAAACCAGACUCAAGUGAAGCAAACCAUGGGCUCUGCAACAGUCUUGGAGGUGAUCCUCGCCAUCAUUCUGCCACCGGUCGGCGUCUUCCUGCGCUACAAACUCGGUGUGGAGUUCUGGAUCUGUCUCUUGCUGACCAUUCUGGGGUACAUACCGGGGAUCAUCUACGCGGUGUAUGUGCUGGUGGUUUAAGCAACAGCCUCUGCUGCAGGGUCCGGCGUUUGGACGAGCGAGUCGCUGUGCAAGAUCAACUGAUGCUCAUGCUCUAUGGGUUAAGAGAGAAUGUAUGCGUGUAUGUAUGGGUUAAGAGAGUAUGUGUAUGCAUGUAUCUAUUGAAUAUUGUGGAUUUCAUUUUUUUUUCUGGAACUCGGUAUUGUUGAUCCUGUGAUGUCACGAGUGUACCUAGCUAGCUCGAGGGCAUUUGUAGUAGAGCAUUCGUCGGCCACAUUGUUUGUGAUCUUAAAUUUAAAGUAUUGGACGUCGAAA